UCGCAGUGACCAUCCAAAUAUGUUCACAAAUAUUGGAGACACUUUACUUCCACCCUCCAUUAACCAAUUCAAUCUCUUCAGUAUGUCAAACAUUGGAGAUGCUUGCGUUGUCUCAGAGGAACCCGCAAGAGGAGAGCAGCUCAAGGGGAUGAACUUCCUAUUCGAGCAACCUGAGAGUGAGCUAGCAGAGGUGGUGAGGAGGGCAGGAAUGGGUUCCAAGCUACCAGCAGUCGCGAAGGCUAGCAGGGCCAUGGUCCCCAGGAGGAAGCCGGGCAAAAAGGACCGCCACAGCAAGAUCCCCACCGCCAAAGGCAUGAGAGACCGAAGGAUGCGGCUCUCCCUCGACAUUGCCCGCAAGUUCUUCAAACUGCAAGACUUGCUUGGCUACGACAAGGCCAGCAAGACCGUGAAGUGGCUGAUGGACAAUGCUCAGCCGGCGAUCAAGCAGCUCGCAAGGUUGACUUCUUUGCCGGCAGCGAGGAUCUCAUCGGAAGCCGAAGGCCGGAUGCUCAUUGACUGGGAAGGCACCAGCAAACAGGGAUUUGACACCACUAAGGGUACAGAAACUGGUGAAGGAGGAGGAGGAGGAGGAGGAGGAGGAGGAGGGAGAAGGGGCCGUCCUCCAAGUCACAAAGCCUCUGUAGGUUCACUAAGAAGAGCUGUUUCUCUUCCUGCUGCAAGAGAAUCAAGGGAGAAGGCUCGAGCUCGAGCUAGAGAAAGAACCAAAGAGAAGAAGCUAAAAAUGAGAUUAGAGGAAACGGCAGAUCGAGACGAGGAGAUUAGAAGCAAGGCCAUCUGUUCAUCGUCGGAGCUCGUUGCUCAACUUCCCCAGAUAAUCUGCAACUCACAAGAGAACGAACGUUCUGGUUCCACUGAUGACAUGACCCACGACUCACUUCUCUCCAUAUUUGAUUGCAAUGAAAGUUGCGGCUUGUUUCUGAACGACCAUCAUGACGGCGACGGCAGCAACGGGUGGACGGACAAGCCACUUGCAUACUGGGAUUCCGACGACCUCACCAUGAGCUCGGCAUCGUUUUCUCUGCUAGACAUGCAUUCACCAGUGCUAUUAACAGGCCUACAGUCCUUUCCAAAGCCAUGGGAGCUUGGAUUCUAUUAAACACUGUUGCGCCGUUGUAGCUCUCCGGUCAUGUACAUAUGCAACUUAUGUACUUCUUCCGACACCGGUCUCAUCCUUUCCUUUCUUCUCGUCAUGUUCUAAGAUGUGUUGCUAAUUAUGAUGGAGAUUUUGUCCAAGGGAGUCAACCUCAGACUUAAGCCUGCAUAUGUGGUUAACUGCCUUGUAAACAACUGAAGAUUAUUAA